AUGAAAGCUAUUGUAGUCCACUGGGCCUUGUCAUGUGGAGUUCCUCUAUAUUCACCGGAGGACUAUGUUGCUCAGCAGCUUUGUCUGAUUUUUCCAGCUCAUUUUCCUUCCUUCUUUACAGAUGCUACUUGCAAGAACCGGCCGCUAGACCUUGUGUUCAUCAUAGACAGUUCCCGUAGCGUCCGAACUGAAGAGUUUGAGAAAGUGAAAAUCUUCCUGUCAAAAAUGAUUGACACGCUGGACGUUGGUGAAAGAGCAACCCGUGUGGCAGUCAUGAAUUAUGCCAGCACUGUCAAGGUAGAGUUUCCCCUCCGGACCUACUUUGAUAAAACCUCUAUGAAGGAGGCUAUAUCUCACAUCGAGCCUUUGUCUGCUGGCACAAUGACUGGCCUUGCCAUCCAAACUGCUAUGGACGAAGUCUUCACUGAGGAAAUGGGUACUCGACCGGCAAACUUCAAUAUCCCCAAGGUGGUCAUUAUUGUGACAGAUGGACGGCCACAAGACCAGGUUCAAGAUGUGGCAGCAAGUGCCCAGGCAGCUGGCAUUGAGAUCUAUGCCGUUGGAGUGGACCGGGCAGACAUGCAGUCUCUGAGGAUGAUGGCCAGUGAGCCUCUGGAUGAACACGUCUUUUAUGUGGAGACCUAUGGCGUGAUUGAAAAGCUGACAUCAAAAUUCAGAGAGACUUUCUGUGCGGUGAACAUGUGCGCGCUUGGGACCCAUGACUGUGAGCAGGUCUGUGUGAGUAGUGGCGGAUCCUAUGUUUGUGAUUGCUAUGAAGGCUACAUGCUGAAUCCGGAUAAGAGAUCUUGCUCAGCUGUGGACACGUGUGCACCUGGAAGGCAUGAGUGUGAUCAGGUCUGUGUGAGUAACAACGGAUCAUAUAGCUGUGAAUGUUAUGAAGGCUACACCCUGAAUCCAGAUAAGAAGACUUGCUCAGCUACGGACGUGUGCGCACCUGGAAGGCAUGACUGUGGACAGGUCUGUUUGAGUAAUGAUGGAUCCUACAGCUGUGACUGUUACGAAGGAUACACUCUGAAUGCAGAUAGGAAGACUUGCUCAGCUGUUGACAUGUGUGCACCAGGAAGGCAUGACUGUGAGCAGGUCUGUGUGAGAGAUGAUCUAUUCUAUACCUGUGAUUGCUAUCAAGGCUACACCCUGAAUCCGGACAAGAAGACUUGCUCAAGGGCUACAACAAGCAGUCUUGUAACAACUGAAGAGUCCUGUAAGUGUGAAGCUAUAGCUGCACUGCAGGACUCGGUCACCUCACAUCUCGAAGCUCUAGCCACGAAACUAGAUGAAGUGUCUGAGAAGUUGCAAGCAUAUCAAGAGAGACAGCAGAUUGUCUGAGCUAUCAUUCUACUUAAUUUUAAAAUACUCUUUCCAAAGCAUUCCUUUUUAUUGCGUUCAGCAAGCUUUAUUUCGUUGCAUAGCUUACAAAACAGCAGUUGGUUUGGUAUUAUUGACCAAACGUCAAGAAGACUUCAAGAAGACUUCAGGAAGACUUCAAUGGUCUCAAUAAUACAGUGACCCUGUGGGUCUUCAUGUGCGGCCACUCUGUAACUGUAAAGCUAUCUAUACUUGCUGUACUUCACUCAGUACUACAAGUAGUACAGUAUGUACUUUUUUCUGCAGUAGCUGUAUUUCUAUUAUAUUAUUUAAAAGUAAAUACAGGAAAAAACUAUUUUUGAAUUCAUACAGUAUAUCACAUCAUAUAAAACUGUGAA